AUGGUGUUCACGAGAAAACCCAUCAACUGUACCUUGGUCGGCGAUGGUAUGGUUGGAAAGACAUCCAUUGUUCAUACUUAUAUCGGAAAGGGGAUGGAUACAAAAUAUGUGGCAACAGUAUUCGAAAACUAUGCAGGAGGAACUUCUAUUGACGGAGAGAGGUAUACUGUCAGUAUCUAUGAUCCUGCUGGCCAGCACGACUAUUCCCAUAUGCGAGCGUGUACUUAUACAGACUGUGAGGUUAUACUCAUGUGCUACAAUGCCAAUGACCGAGACACAUUUGACAAUAUAAAGUCAUUUUGGCUUCCAGAAAUAAGAAAAUUCAGGGGCAAGAAGUCUUCACUCAUUCUUGUUGCCACCCAGACGGAUACCCGGAAUCCGAAUUCCGGCUCGUCAGUUAGUACACAGGAAGGAGAAGAUUUGGCAAGGGACAUGAAUGCCGUGGGAUACAUGGAGACCACUAUUAAAAAUCAUGACAGUGUGAAGGACGUUUUCCAGAAAGUGGUUACGCUCUUUGCCAACGACAUCGCACUGAAACAUUCUUCCAAAAAUCUCUUCGACAUCAAACAAGAAUCUUUGAUUUUCCUACUUCUGGACCAUGAUACAAACUCUCAAGACGGAUCAGCUACGGAUACCCGGAAUCAGAAUUCUGACUCGUCAGUUAGUACACAGGAAAGAGAAGAUUUGGCAAGGAAGAUGAACGCCGUGGGAUACAUGGAGACUACUAUCCAGAAUGAUGAUAGUACAGAUACCCGGAAUCCGAAUUCUGGCUCGUCAGUUAGUACACAGGAAGAAGAUUUGGCAAGGGAGAUGAACGCCGUGGGAUACAUGGAGACCACUAUCCAGAAUGAUGAUAGUUUAAAGGACGUUUUCCAGAAAAUAGUUACGUGUGCUCUGAAAUGCCAGAAGAAAAACGAUCUAGGUAACAUUUUAUUUGCGACAGUGAAAAAGCUUUCCAAAAUGAUCGACCACAAAAUCCUGAGCAACUCGAUACCAUCCCAUUGGAAAAUGAAUCAAAGGAAUGCUAACAAACCUGGGGAGUACAAAAAGGAAACUAUAAGAAUCACCGAUGACCAUGGUCUUCAAGCCCAGAACGAGACAGUGGGAUAUUCUUCACUUGCUUAUGUGAAGGUGGUACCCCAGCUUAUUUACCUGUAUCAGGACCUUAUCAUGGUCAACAGGCCGAAGAGUUGA